AUGAGACAGAAGAGGGAGAGGAGGCCUGAGGCCCAGGGUGGACACCAGCCAGCCAUGGCCGCAGCUGAGACUGUUCUGCCCUCCAUCAGCACUCUCACCAGCCUGGGCCAGUUCCUGGACAUACAGGAGGACGUCAAGCAGUGGUGGCGCCACGACCAGACGCAGGAUUUGGGCCCUGGGCCCCCCCUUCAAGUGAGUGUGAAAUCGGAGGACCCGCCAGGAGAGGACGAGGAUGAUGAGAAGGACAUGACCUGUGCCUGGGGUCCGGAUCUUUUCCUCACAAACUUUCCAGGUCCCGAGCCGCCUGGCACUUCCCGGACCUGUGCCCUGGCGCCCAGCGGAGGCCCAGUGGCACAGUUCGCGCCGCCGGAGCCUCUGGGCGCUUAUGUGGGUGGCCCAGGGUUAGUGACCGGGCCUUUGGGCUCAGAGGAGCACGCGGGCUGGGCGCACCCCGCCCCGCGAGCCUCAGCCCCUGAACCCUUCGUGGCCCCAGCCCUAGCCCCAGCCCUAGCCCCGGGACCCGCGCCCAAGGCGCAGCCGGCUUUCUCUGACUCGCGAGCGGCCUCGGCAGGGGGCUUCUUCCCGCGGACGGGGCUCGCGGUGCCCGCGGCUGCCGGGGCCCCCUACGGGCUGCUGUCGGGGUACCCGGCGCUGUACCCCGCGCCACAGUACCAAGGGCAUUUCCAGCUCUUCCGCGGGCUCGCGGCGCCUUCGGCGGGCCCCGCCGCGCCCCCUUCCUUCCUGAAUUGUCCGGGACCCGGAGCGGCGGGCACCGACCUCGCGGCCUCCGCGCUCACAGGAGACUCAGGCCUGUCCCCGGGAGCCGCGCCGCUCAAGCGCAGCCGGCGAGCGCUGGCGGGGAAGAGGCUGGCGGCACACACGUGUGAGCACCCGGACUGCGGGAAGAGCUACACGAAGAGCUCGCACCUCAAGGCUCACCUGCGCACGCACACAGGGGAGAAGCCUUACGCCUGCUCCUGGGACGGCUGCAGCUGGAAGUUCGCCCGCUCUGAUGAACUGACCCGCCACUUCCGGAAGCACACUGGACACCGCCCCUUCUGCUGUGGGCUCUGCCCACGAGCCUUCUCACGCUCUGACCACCUCGCUUUGCACAUGAAGCGUCACCUCUGAGUGAUCCUGCGCAGGGACUGGGGGGGAAAUGAGUUUUCCAGAGGACGGGCCGUUAUUGGACUUCCGGCCCCACAGACCCACCCAGACCAAGAACUGACCCUUAGACCAUGCAGAGGAGCCCUUGACAGAAGCCUCACACGUUCCCCGGGGAACCACACAGAAACAGAUGGCCCCACACACCCAGCAAGACAGACCACCAAAUAAAUC